AAUUCAAUCAGUUUUUAUGACAGAUAAGCUUUAAACCUAUGCAAAUAGAGAGGAAAACCUUGUUAGUACAGAUAAUCGAGCUGAGUUUUCAUUAGGAAAAUUUACUCCAAUUGAAUUAGAAUGGGAUAAACUCAUAAUUAAUGCAACUAUUAAAGUUGGAAAAGUUAGCACUUAGAAGUGUUUGUUAAAUAAUCUCAAAGGUGUAAUGAAACCAGCACACUUCACUGCAAUUCUUGGUCCUUCUGGAUCAGGCAAAACCACUCUUUUAAACUUUUUGUCUGGUCGAUUAAUAUCAGAUAAUUUACAAAUUUCUGGAGAAUUGAUGCUGAAUGGAAAAAGAAUAGAUGAUAUUGACAAAUUCAAUGAUCAAAUGGCAUAUGUUAUGUAAGACGAUAUAUUGCUUGCAACAUUCUCUCCAAGAGAGGCCUUUUACUUUUCAGCCAAUAUGAGAUUAACAAUAUCUCAGGAAGAAAAACAUUAAAGAGUUGAAGCUUUGAUCAGAGAGUUGGGUAUUACUAAGUGUGCAGACACAAGAGUGGGAAAUACCUAAAUCAGAGGUGUAUCAGGAGGAGAAAGAAAAAGAGCAAGUAUUGGUGUAGAACUAUUGACAAAUCCAAGUUUGAUCUUUCUUGAUGAACCAACUACUGGUUUAGAUUCUUCGACUGCCUUAUAAGUUAUUGAUCUGUUGAAAAGGUUAGCAAAGAAUGGAAGAACUAUUGUCAGUACCAUUCAUCAACCUUCAUCUGAAAUCUUUAACAAUUUCGACAGACUUAUGCUUUUAGUCAGAGGAAACAUAAUCUAUUAAGGAGAUGCUGAAUAAGCCAUUAAUUAUUUUGGAAAUAUGGGCUUUUAAUGUCCCAAUUUUUCAAACCCAUCUGAUUACUUUAUGAAAUUAAUGAAUGAAGAAGGACUUUUAGUUGAAAAAAUAUAGGCAGGAGAAUCUGACGAUUUUGAUGAAGCUAAAAUCAAAGAAGAAUUUGAAGAAAGACUUAAAUAGUUUAUCAAUAAUUAUAACUCUUCUAAUAUGAUCAGAGAAUUGCAAUCAAGUGAGUCUGCUGUGAUCAAAGAAAAUGAUACUGGAUUUCAUAUCGGAUUUAUUUAACAAUUUGUUUUGAUCUACUAAAGAUCGUUUUUAAAUGAAAUUAGAAAUCCUAUGGAUGUGAAAUUAAAAAUAUUUUAAUCAAUAGUUAAUGCAAUCAUGCUCAUGCUAGUUUAUUCUGAUUUAGGAAAUUAUAAUGAAGGGUUAUAAAAUCGUUUUGGAGCUCUCUUCUUUAUUUGUACAGCUAAUGCAUUUGGAGGUAUCUAAGGUGCUCUUCAUACGUUCUCAAUGGAAAGACCUUUGUUUUUAAGAGAAAGAAUAAACAAAACUUACAGUGUUCAUUCAUUCUUUUGGGCAAGAUCUUUGGCAGAAUUUCCAUUCUAGAUUUUAUAUCCAUCUCUUUGUGUAAUCAUUGUCUAUUAUGUUAUUGGAUUAAGUGAUAUUAAUGUAGGAAAAUUCUUCAUGUUAAUAUUAAUUUAAUUCUUAACAUAUCAAUAUGCAGUGUCAUAUGGAUUACUUUUAUCAACAAUAAUACCAAAAAUAGAAGUAGCUACUGCAUUAGUACCUGCUUUAGUUAUUCCUUUUAUGAUAUUAGGAGGAUUUUUUGUGAACUAAGAUAAUAUUCCAUACAUUUUCUAUCCAUUCACAUAUUUAUCAAUGUUUAAAUAUGGAUUUGAAGCUUCAGUCAUUAAUGAGUUUGACGAUGUUAUAUAUGAAUGUAUGCCUGGAUAAUAAUGCAAUCCUGUCGAAAUGUUAUCAAUCACUCUAUCUAAAUGGGAAUGCUGUUAUGUUUUAAUAGGGUUGGCUGUUGGAAUUAGAUUGUUUGCCUAUUUAGCUCUUCAUCUCAUUUCAAGUCCUGAAAAACCAAAGCUAAGAUCACCUGAAUCCAUGUAGAUUGUGAAUAACUAAAAUUGAUUUCUUUUUACAUAUUUCAUUUUAUAUUAAUUAAUAAAU